AUCCUCACUCACCACUCCUCUUCCCUCUCUGCAAUGACCUGAACUCAGCUCUGCAAGCAGUGAGGCAUAAUGCAAUGCAGGGCAGCCCGGAAUAAUCUGGUUGGCAUCCAAGGAUGUAUAUUCACUGAGAGGCUGGGGAGUGUGUCAGCAUUUAGUUGCAGUCUAGCUGCACUUUUCCUGCAGCACAGAAUCACAAAGUCUCCGUCUCCUCCUCUGGAUUGGGACUGAUUCUGCACCGGGAUCCUCUGAAAAGACAAAGUUUUCCUCUCUUGUUAUUGCUGUGCCACCACAAUCUACCAAGAUGUGUGACUGCUUUCAUCUAGUUCUUCCUAACUGGCAAGGAUCUCCAGCCAGUGGUUCUGGACGACAGCUGAGACCGGCCGAGGCCCCAGGAGAUGCUGAUGCUGAUGCAGAUGCAGAUGCAGAGGAGGAAGAUUCUGUUACUGAAGUGGCAGUAGAAGACAUUCGUCCAAGGCCACAAGGAUCCUCUCCAGUUUAUGAGUAUCCCGAAGAAGAAGACUAUUUAAAGCUUCAAGAAGGAAACAAAAAACAUUCUACAGACAAAUCAAAGCAGAGUCAUCCACAGGAGACAAUGGAAGUGACCCUGAAAACAGAAGUGGAAGCUGGAGCUAGUGGUUUUAGUGUGAAAGGUGGAGGAAAUGAAGGAAUAUUUAUUAAAAAAGUACUUAAGGAAUCUCCUGCUUCAAAAAUAUUUAGUCUUAAAGAAGGUGAUCAGCUUCUAAGUGCUACAAUAUUUUUCGAUAACAUCAAAUAUGAAGAUGCACUCAAGAUUCUCCAAUAUUCCGAGCCUUACAGAGUCCAAUUCAGUCUCAAAAGAAAAAUUUCUGUGCACGAAGAUCUGGAACACUCUACAGCCCAGCACAAAAAGGAAAGGAUAGGCCAGGAAAAUGAGCUCAGUGAGAGUAUUCCUGAAGAAACACUGCAAGUUUCAGGAAAAUCCAUUUCAGAAGAAGACAGGGAAACAUUAAUUGUAAGCCAAAGAGUAGGAAGAAGUAAGAGACCGAAAAAAGAUAGAUUAUCAUGGCCAAAAUUUCAGUCAAUCAAAAAUAAAAAGAUAUUGAGGCACAGAAGAUCUCAUAGUACAUCAGAUGCAUAUGAGCCUGCUUUGCAGGAUAUUUCCCCUACAAGCACGGACACAGAGUCUCAAUUUCCACAAGAGGUCCAUACCAAAGAGAAAAAAGGAGGCCAAAGGAAGCUGAAGUUCCCUAGCAUUGGAUUCAGAAUGCACAGGUCCAAACCAGAACCACAAGAGAAGCAAAAAAAAGAAAUAAAAACGACACUGAUCUCUGAAAGAGAAAAAAUGCAUAACUAUGAUAUAAGCUUGGAAAAUCCUGAAAUUUUAACUGUUGAAUACACCACAUCUCCUGCUUAUGAAAUGAAGACAGGGGAGGGACAUGAAACUUUAACAAAAGACUUAAAAGAAAUUAAAAAUGGCAUUCCAUCUCAUGUAAAACAAUGCCCUGAAGUUGAAAUAAGCAUUAAAAAAGACAAGGAAGCAUCAUCAAAAUUUAGUGUACCUGAAGUACCAGACAUAACAACAGAGAUACCAAAACCUAGUUUAGAAACUGGUGAUCUGAAACGUGACCUGCAGGCGCGAGGCAGCCUUAGUCUUGAAGGAGAAGCAAAGUCCCGAGAAGAGGUCACCAAGACCAAGGACGCAAUUCAAGAUGCCCAAGUUCGCAUGCCUUCUUUGGCUGGUCCAGCAGCGAGAGGCCAAGGCACCGUGCCGCCGAGGUGA